AAGUAUUUACCGUUCACAGCUGAACACGGUAACCCGGUAAUUCAAAGAAAGGGACGAAAGUGACGAAGGCAAGGAUGUCGUUUUCUCAGAUUUCAAUUAGCCUUUGUUUACUUCUAUUCGUCGCUUGCUGUGAUUGCGCUUCCUUCGUUAAAGAUUCUGAAGUGAAGCUAAAAAGUGAGCCAGGAAUUGGAACACAUAAGCUGGGCGCUAGAUAUCGCCGACAGAUCUGGAUGCGCUUUUGUAGCCAAGGUGAGCAGUACAACCCUUGGACCGAAUUAUGCUGCAACGGCCACGUGGUUCCCAAGGUAGGAAAUCGGACCAGGUGCUGCGGAGACAACUCAUUCGAUCCAUGGUCCGAGAUGUGCUGCGAUGAUACCACAAACAGUAUUUUACCUAGAAUGACGCAGCCAACCUGUUGUGGAAGUGAUCUGUACGAUGCAGCAUCAGACAUGUGUUGUGGUAGCACGGUAUUUUAUUCGGUACCCACGCAAGGCGUGUCGAGACGAACCUUAGCCUGCUGUGGAGAUCAAGGAUAUGAUACAAAUAAACAAAUAUGCUGUGAGGAAAACUUAUCACCCGUACCCCAGAGACCAGGAGCAUUGCCAGGAUGCUGUGGAAGUCGUGGAUACGAUGUAGCCUCCCAGUUAUGUUGUGAUGGUCGACCGAAACACAAACCAGGCAAUAUGUCAGCUUGUUGUUCAACUCACGCUUACGAUAUAGCCACGCAGUUAUGCUGCAAUAAUCAGUACGUAGUCCACAAGGUGGGAUUAAAUGCAGCCUGCUGUGGAAGGUACUUAACCUACAACCCAGCCACCCAGUUAUGCUGCAAUGAUGUCCCAAUGAGCAACAGACACCCAAUUACUGGAAGUGCCAUGUUAUGCUGCGACGGUGUCAUGCAACCGAAGACAUCUAUAACCACAAGCUGCUGUGGAAGACUAGUAUAUGAUACCACAUCCGACCUAUGUUGCGAUGGUCGUAUUCCAGUUUCCCAGUCGAGAUUUGGCGGUGGCUGUGGAGGACUCGCAUAACAUGCAGCUCAGUUCCACUUUAUACUGCUGAAAAGCAUUCCCAUCGGAUGAUGACCAUAUUUUUCAUAUAUCGCCUAUAUCAACCAACACUUAAAGAAUAACAGCGAGGCAAUAACAAAUCACCACUUAAACCUACAACACAUUGGCUUCACUGAAUAAAAUAAUGUCACUUUAACAGAGAAGAAGAUAAGUUGAUAUUGUAAAAAAGGCUCUUUUCAUAAACAAACCUGCAUACAGCUGUCAAUUUGUACUACUCAUUAAACAUUUAUAUCAAGUGCA